CAUGACAAAGCACUAAAUGCGCAUAAGGCCUGCCAUUGGCUAGCAGAUUCAAAUGGCGUUUUGAAAACAAAAUUUAGCAACGACUUAAGUGAAAGUUUAUUGCUGUUUUUAGGCAACUGACCGUUUUGAGAAAAAUAUAGACAGCCAAAAUGUCAAUGUUUCAGAGUUCGAAUGUUGAGAAUCUUUCGCCUCAAAUUAUCAGACACAUAGCAAAAGAAUUGGCAGAUUUAACAAAAGAUCCACCUGAAGGGAUUAAAGUCAUUCCAAAUGAAGAGGACAUCACAGAUAUACAAGCAACUAUAGAAGGGCCUGCUGGGACCCCAUAUGCGGGGGGACUGUUCAAAAUGAAACUUGUGCUCGGUAAAAACUUUCCUUCAGAACCCCCAAGAGGGUAUUUUGUGACAAAAAUAUUUCAUCCCAAUGUGGCCAGUAACGGCGAAAUAUGUGUUAAUACUUUGAAAAAGGACUGGACAGCAAGUCUUGGAAUAAAACAUGUGUUAUUAACCAUCAAAUGUUUACUAAUUGUGCCAAACCCUGAGUCAGCGUUGAAUGAAGAGGCGGGAAAGUUGCUGCUGGAACAGUACGAUGACUACACAAAACGUGCAAAAAUAUACACCGAAGUUCACGCAAAACCACCAAAGUUUUCAGAAUCUGAUUGUCUUGACGCCAUCUCAGAAGGCCCUAUUGCAAAGAAACACGCCGGUGAUAAAAAACUGCUUGAUAAAAAGAAAAAAGAAAAGAAAAAAGUUUUGAAAAGACUCUGAUGCAUGUAAUCACAAUAUUGUACAAAUGUUUUACAAACCAUUUUCUGUCAGUGUCAUUUAUCAUCAGAAAUUGUAAAUCUCCUGAUCAUUAAAGAGAGUACAUUUGUAUGCAUUGUAAAAUAUAGUUCAUUGAGUGUAUGUGAAUAUGCUGCCACUUUGGUUAUUCUGGAACAAAUGAUAUAUACACAAAAACUGUCCAGGCAUACUUGUGCAUUCUAUUGAAUAUUUCUGCAAGAGUUAGUAUAUUAACUUAUAAUGAAGUUACAUACCAUUGUUUUAGUUAAAGGCAGUCAAGUGCUAAUGCUAGUGCAGUCUUAAAACUUACUAUUAAAAAUACAAAAGCAGUCGUAUCUGUUUCUUCUCAAUAUAUGAUAACAGUAUCAGCGCUAAGAUAUUUUUUUUAAAUAAAAUGAAACACAAUUUGAGAUAUUUAACUGCAUACUGAAUUCCCUGUUCUAUUUUUAGAAUGAAAAUACUUCAUGAACUGUAUGCAUAUUACCAAAAUAGAUCAUUUUGAUUUAGCCAUAAAUUAAAAAAAAAAAAAUCUCAACUUGUAUUGGUAAAAUUUGGCCAAUUUCCAAUUCUUCAUAAAUUUCCCUCGCAUAAGACGCUUGAAGUUGGCUCUCUUUAAUUAGUAUUUUAGUGAUGAGUGUAUUGUAAAAAAUUAGUGUUUUAUUUAUGGACUGGAGACAUUCAUUAUAAUGAAUUAUCUUUUAAAUGUGUUUGUAAAAUUUGUAUAUAUAUAUAUAUGUGUGUGUGUGUAGUACACGCUAAUCCGUACUUUAAGUACCUGGUCAUAACGGCACCAAAAUGUUUUUAGCUGAAAGACAAAACCUUUGUUUUAAUAACUGCGAUAGUUAUCAUACAUCUCAUCAUCAACAUUGUUCAUAGACUUUCUCAGGACGAUGAUGGAUUUGAAGGUGACAAUGUGCAUUUUAUACAGAUCUGUGUUUGAAACUCCCAAACCCUCACUACUUUUUAAAUCAACAUUAUUAUUGAACAUGCUUAUUAGUCUUCUGACACCAGUUUCCAUUAUCAUUGUGUUAACCUGCCAUGAUGUGUAACAUGGUGUGCAUAAGGCAUUAAGUUUUACAUAUGUAAAACAAACAAUUAAAUAAAUAUUAAUAGUAUCCUGAUCUCAAAGAGGUUUGUUUCGUUGUCAUGCUAGUCUCUUUCUUCAACAAAAUUUAAAAAAACAACUAAGUAUUAAAUUCAGAUUCCGGUUGGAAAUAAACUAAGCCAAUGCCAUAAAAAGGCCAGAGCUUCAGUUUAAAUGUUCAAAUGUGCUUGGAAGAGAAAAAUAUUAAUAUUUUAUCACAUAACCAUGUUUUAUCAUUUUUAAACUGUUCUGUGUUUUAGUGUUGUUUACUCUGUGUUCUAGUAUUUUACUGCUUUUCUGACCAUACCAAGAGGUGGCAGUUUACUUACUUGUAAUAGACAUUAAUGUUGUAAGAUACUUCUACUAAUGCCAUGCCUAUUUGAUCCUAUGUUAAGCAUUAUCGGGCCGAUUAGAAUGAAAAAUCAUUGCCAUGAUCUAAAUUUAGUACUGAAUUUUGAUUUCCUUCAGCUUUAUAAUUAAAAUAACAUAAGCUUGAGUUAAAAAUUAUUUACAUUAUAGCCUACGUUCCAUGCGAGUGAGAUUAGCCAUCAAUAAGAACCUAGGUUAAUCAUUAAAAUUUUUAGUUUUGCAACCUAACAUGUCAUCUUUAUUUGAUUCCACUCUUGCUGGAAUUUGGAUAUAAUCUAGGACGUUUAGAAGACACUGGGUAAAUCUUACUGACUAAGAAAGGCUGGGUCGCUUUGCUUGCUUUCCCCUUCUUAAUCAUUAUGAUUUUACCUUUGACAUAAUUAUAUUCUAAAUCUGGCAUAUAUUGGGAGAAGUUCAAUGUUCCAAAUGUAUGGAACUGCUGGAGAUGUACUUGAUACUUUCUUUAUAACUGUCAUAAGUGAAAACGGCUAUUAUUGGCAUUUAUUGUAAAGAGAAUAUUGUUCUUUAGUAUCUGAGUAGUGGAAGUAUGCAUUUUAAUUUUAUGUUGUAAUUCAAUGUUUAAACUGCUCAAAAACAAAGGAAAUUAAAGGAAACAAUUGAAUUGUAAAGACAAUACUGUAGAUAUUUGUAAAUUCAAGUAAUAUAUAAAUAUAUAUAUUCUAAGAGAAUGGUGCAACAAAGAUAUUUAAUAACUUUUGUAUAUUUGUAUAGAUUUGCAUGAGUAUUUAAUAAGAUAUUUAAAUAAUUAUUUUUCUUGUUUGCAAGAAAAUAAAAAGUUAUAUGAGUGAGUAUGGAAACUCGAGAAGUGUUUUACUGGUCACAAAGUGAAAAUGAGAGGUGGUUAAGGAGUAAAGGAUAUUUUAAUUACAAAUUUGGGAUUUUUGUAGAAAGAAAACUGGGUGUUGAUGUUGCAUUUCAUCAUGUUUUCCAAUAUAGUCUACUUCUUGUGCGUUCAUGAUUUCAAUUAUGUUCUGCACCUUUGCCUUCUGUGAAUGUUUCUCAGUAAAUGUAAUCUGUAACUUUUAAACUAUCAUUUUUCCUACUGCAGGUAUAAAAUGAAAUUGUUUUCCAAAUACAAAUGUUUUUUGUUUUUUUAGAAUUUUGUCUCCAAUUUUGCUUAAUAUUAUCUCACUGUUUUGUUCUGGUCUUUGUGUGUUCCAUUCACUUGUUCGUGUUCUGUCUAGUUACUCAUAGAGGCUGUCUUUUGCAUGGUUGUCAUCUCGCACAAUCAUUGCUAGCCUUUUCAUUACAUGCAUGUCAUUUUAUCAUCAAAACGAUUAAAUAAAAUGUAAUUUAUUUUAA